GAUGGUAGUAUGGUGGGGGCUGUGUGGUCGUGGCAGAGCUUUGAAGAUCACUCAUCAGAGCGCAAGGGGGGCCCGGGAACGGACACCGAGCCCGAGUCAGAAUGCUCCUGCGUGCGGGGAACGCAGCUGAAAAAUCACCCGGCGCAUCUGGAUGAAAGAGAGAAAAGUGGGGUUCCGGAUGGAGCGUAAAACAACAGGAAUAUCACAGGCUGGGCUUUUCCUCGCAUAUGGAUUAUCAAAGGAAUAUAACGUUCAGUCGGAGUAUCUCAUCUUUGCUUGAAUUUGGCUGCUCAAGGUAACAUCUCCAACAGUGUGAAACAGGAAGUGUCCUCUGUGAGCAGCCAUGGGCCAGGAAGCUGUGCUUCUGCUCAGCAAGCUUCUGCUGUUGCUGGCAGCUUCACACAAUCUUCUUGCAGUCAGCUUCCCAGAGGACAUCGUGCCCCUUGAUGUUGUUGACGCACACUUUACUCGGAGGUACCCUGUGUUCAGAGGCAGGCCCUCUGUCAACGACUCACAGCAUCGCCUCGACUUUCAGCUGAUGACCAAGAUACAGGACACGCUAUUUAUUGCUGGCAGAGAUCAGGUGUACCUUGUCAGUCUGAGAGAGUCCUACAGGAAUGAGAUCAUUUCCUACAGGAAGUUAACGUGGCGAUCGGGCCAAGGUGACAGAGAGAUGUGUGCUGUGAAGGGAAAACAUAGAGAUGAGUGCCACAACUUUAUUAAAGUGCUCGUUCCCAGAAAUGAUGACCUGGUGUUCAUCUGUGGCACCAAUGGCUUUAACCCCAUGUGCAGAUACUACAGGCUGGAUAACCUCGAGUUCGACGGGGAAGAGAUCAAUGGUUUGGCACGGUGCCCGUUCGACUCCAAGCAAACUAACGUGGCUCUCUUCGCUGAAGGAAAGUUGUAUUCUGCAACUGUUGCUGACUUCCAGGCCAGUGAUUCUGUCAUUUAUCGUAGUAUGGGUGAUGGAUCAGCCCUGAGGACCAUCAAAUAUGACUCCAAAUGGCUAAAAGAACCUCAUUUCCUGCAUGCAGCCGAGUAUGGGAAUUAUGUGUACUUUUUCUACAGGGAGAUUGCUGUGGAGCACAGCAAUUUGGGAAAGGUUGUUUAUUCCCGAGUGGCCCGCAUCUGCAAAAAUGACGUUGGCGGUUCACAGCGGGUGCUAGAGAAGCAUUGGACCUCUUUUGUGAAAGCGAGGCUGAACUGCUCCGUGCCGGGAGAGUCCUUCUUCUACUUCGACGUGCUCCAGUCCAUCACUGACAUCAUCAGCAUCAGCGGCGCUCCCUCGGUGGUGGGCGUGUUCACAACACAGAUGAACAGUAUUCCAGGGUCAGCAGUGUGUGCCUUCUCCAUGACUGAUGUAGAGAAAGUAUUCAUGGGCCGGUUCAAGGAACAGAAGACCCCUGACUCUGUGUGGACGCCAUUUCCAGAGGAGAAGCUGCCAAAACCCCGACCUGGGAGUUGUGCAGGUCACGGUCCAGCUGCAUCCUUUAAGAGCUCCGUGGAGUUUCCAGACGACACCCUGCAGUUCAUCAAGUCCCACCCUCUUAUGGACACAGCUGUGCCUUCGACUGGGGACGAGCCUUGGUUCACGAAGACACGUGUUCGUUACAGACUAACAGCGCUGGCUGUCGAUAGUCAAGCAGGACCCCACAAGAACUACACAGUGGUCUUCAUUGGCGCUGAAUCAGGAGUCGUCCUGAAGGUUUUAGCGAAGACCUCUCUUGUAUCCCUGAAUGACAGCUUGUUGCUGGAGGAGAUCGAUGUCUUCAAUAAGGCCAAGUGUCCGUCUAACCGUGAGGAUGACAAGCGUGUCCUCUCGCUUCAUGUGGAUAACAACACACACAGCCUUUAUGUCGCCUUUUCAAGCUGUGUCAUCCGUAUUCCACUGAGUCGCUGUGAAAGGCACUCCUCCUGCCAAAAGUCAUGCAUUGCAUCAAGAGAUCCUUACUGUGGCUGGAAGCCUCAUGGGGCCUGUGAGAGGAUACAGCCCGGUGUUUUGAAAGGAUACGAGCAAGACGUUGAAUUUGGGAACACCAGCUACCUAGGAGACUGUCAAGUGUUUUUGGGCACUACCUCAGCGCCAGAUUACAAAUCAUUUGGCGACCCUACCUCUGACAUGGCGUUUUCAUCAGCGCCAGUCACUCUCCAGCCCAGUGGGCCCAUACACCCCCCAGUACUCAUACCCAGUCAGAACCCCAGCUCAGGGCCUCGUCCAGAGCUCUACGGCUCGGGCUUUGUGCUACAGGAUGACCCAGCCACCUCCCAUUCUUUAAACUCUUUCCCAGGCGGGCAAGAGGGUGUGUGGGAUAACCAUAUGGGUGACAACAACCAGAUGGUCCACAUGAAUAUCCUCAUCACCUGCGUCUUUGCUGCUUUUCUCAUGGGGGCUCUACUGGCCGGGCUGAUCGUUUUCUGCUAUAGGGAUUCUGUCCUUCGUAAACCAAGACAUGUUCAUAAGGACAUGGAAUCUGCACCUUCCUGUUCUGACUCUACUGGGAGUUUUGUCAAACUCAAUGGCCUUUUUGACAGCCCUGUAAAGGAGUACCAAAGCAACAUUGAUUCUCCCAAGUUGUUCACCAAUGUGCUGAGCAAUGGUAAAGACUUGAAUACGCCCAAUGGGGACACCAAGACCAUGAUCCUGCGAGACGGCUGUCAGCCCCCUGAGUUGGCUGCUCUGCCCACACCAGAGUCUACCCCUGUACUUCAGCAGAAAGGCCUACAACCUAUCAAGAACCAGUGGGAAAAGGCUCAUGGAAAAGUCAGUGGGUCCCGUAAGGAGGCCAAUCCAUCAGCCAAGAGUCCACAGUUCCUCUCUUCUUCACCUGCACCCGCUAACGCAAAUUCCAACCACCCUCACCUUGCCCUGGGACACUCCAAUAUCCCCAGUGCAGUUGUGUUGCCCAAUGCCACACAUGAACAGCCUAACCUUGACAAUGGUGAUGAAACUUUGCCACAUUCAUCUGAAAAGAAACUAAAGAAUCCAGAUUGUAAGGGAAACAGGAAAGAUCAGAAGAGGUCUGUGGAUGCCAGGAAUACCCUCAAUGACCUGUUAAAACAUCUCAACGACUCUGUUGCCAACCCUAAGGGCAUUCUACAAGAAGAAUCAGGGCCUCACCCAAGGCCUCAUCUCACGUUGGAGCCCAUGGAGGAACUGACAGAAGUACCCCCAGCCGUGCCCAGCCGUGAGGCUUCCUUGUACUCUCCCUCCUCCUCUCUCCCUAGGCACAGCCCCACUAAAAGGGUUGAUGUGCCUAUGCCCUCCACUCCCACUACACCCACGGGAAGCAUGAGCAUAGGGGGUACCCUGGAGAGGCAAAGAGGGGGUUACCAACUCCACCGGAGUGCCUCUCACAGGCAGUCCUUAUCGACCUCACCAAAUGGAGUAACCAUGGGUGUGUCUGUGUCUCGCCAGCACAGUAUGAACAGAGGGGGAUACAUGCCCCCAACACCCCCCUCUAGACUUGACUCUCAUGGUGCAAUGGUGGCACCGGGGAUGCACUCACCACACCCACCUUCUGUUUCCCGACAGAGCAGCUACAGUGGGCAUGGCUCACUUCCCCGAACAGGGCUUAAAAGGACCCCAUCAUUAAAGCCAGAUGUGCCCCCAAAACCCAAUGGGUUUCCUCCACAGACUCCACAAAUGCGAGUGGUCAAUAAGUACAGUUAUUAACAUGGAUAACCAUGGACAUUUCUAAGUAGGCUCUUGCUCUGUAGAGCGUUGUGCUCAUGGGCUUGGGAUGUUUGGAUGGGAUAGGCCUUGUUUGUGUUUGUGUAUCAACUUGAGGUGUUUGUCCUCUUUAAAUGAAAUGCACAUUCACUCACUCUGAAAAGGGAAAACACCACAUGGCCAAAGAAACCCACUGGGGUUCCCUCCAACAUAAUCUGCUUCCCUGCACCCAGUAGCCACCUGGAAAUGAAUAGCAGACAAUGGUGAAUUUGCUGCUCACCAUUGUUCCUGGGUUUGGGGGCGACCUGUUCCCAUGUAAGGUUAAUGGUUUAGGGCUCCCUCAAUGGGCCACUGUGGCAUAUGUACGAGGGCAAAAAAUGGUGGAAUACUUGAAGAAUGGUCCUCAAUUGUUACUGCCCUUGAGCACUGUCUUCCCACUAAUGUGAACUGAGCAGAUAAGAGGUAGGUGAUGACUGUGGUUGUGAAAUGCCUGGAAAAAAGGAAAGUUAAUAUUCAUUGCUUGCACUCUGCUUUAGAUACAUCUGACCACAAACAACUGAAUCAAGUAGCAAGCAAAGACUAAAAGGAUGCAAAAGCUUGAAUGGGUCUUGGUUGACCAGAGAAGCAGAUUUCUGAAAAGGCAAUGCAUAUAUUUGGUACUGAGAGUUGUCACAUGUCAGUGAAAGCACCUUAAGAUGUGUUGAAGACCCUAAAUCACUGUCUUUUUUUCCAACAUUAUAAUGUGAACCAAGCCUGAACCCAUUUUUGUGUCACACACUAAUGAUCAUUUUGGUUGGGUUGAGCUGAAGUUGGUUCUGUAGGGUGUAUGCUGAAGCAGGGACUAUGUAACUCACUGGGAAAUUUGACUUGACAUUUGCUGCUAUGGGGUUUAAACAAAGUAUUCAUCAUCAAUGCAUUGUUUCCUCAGACAUGCUAGGACAGGUGUGUGGGUGUGGACAUUUGCUUGUGUCUGAGUAUGUGUGUUAUACUGUAAACAGAGGUAGAAAAGUACAGAUCUAAGCACCUCAACACACUGUUAGACAAAAAAUUUAUUAAAUGUUUUGCUCCAGAACUAAAAUGUAUCCAAUUCUUAAUUGCCCAUUUGUAGAAUCUCUAUUGGUCUCUCUUUAGUAGUAGUAUGAAAAAUACAUAUUUCAUCCCAUUCUACAAACAUUAUUUUCUUGCCUUUCUUGUGUCUCAUUAAAUGUACCACUGUGAAAGUAGCAAAAGUCUAUUAUAUCAACCUACUUCCGUUCUGUUAGACUUAUGCCUCCUAAUACAACAAGGCUACCCUGCAACAAGGUGUGCCCCUGCAAUAAUCCCAUUGAAUAAAGACAAAAGUUAUACUAGAACAGUCCAACAAUGUAAUGUGCUCCACAGCCUGUGUUGUUAAUGCAGCCUUUCUGCAAAUGGCCAGUGUACAAUCAACUCAACAUUCACUAAUGUGUCCAAAUACGUCAUGCUGGGAAUGACAUGGUCCUGUAUAUACUUAAAUAAUAUAAAUAAGGAGUAUAACUAUUUUUAGGCAAGUGAACCUGAAUCUGUGCAUUGUGUGCCUUAUUCACAAAACAAAUUAGUACAGUAUAUAUUGUUGACAAUGUCAAUUGGUCCUCUGUUGUUCUGCAAAUGUUUUUAUACAAGCAAUUUAAAAUUUAGCAGUAUGUCUGUCUGAAAAAAGCCACUAACUAAUUAAUUCCACUUGGGAGUUUAAGUCCCACAUAAGAACAGUGAAAAUACUUAUUGGGUUUGAAUAAUUUAUUCCCUUUUACUGCCAGUGUUUUAAAGAUUUGUGAUAUUCCACAACACAGUGGUGCCAUGCAGUGAAUGUACUUUCAUAACUAUGGGAUGUAGGGUGUUCAAACGUUGCACCGUGGAGUGGAAGGCUCGACACAGCCUGCUCCGCUCACAGCCAAUGUAUUAACACAGUAUUCAAGUGUUCAGAUGAAAGCUGUCCCUUGGCAUAGCCGGCAAUGGUGCAGAAUCUGUAAUUCCUAAAACCUGCAGGGAAAGGGAUUGUUUCUACUGGCCAGAAAGGACCAUUGGGGGGAUCAUUUCUUGUAGCAGUGGGUACAUGAUUUGGGUGACUUCUGCAGUCUUUUGUUUUUAGAGUGUCAGUUGCCUGUUUAGCCCAAAGCCACAUUUUGUUUACAAGUGAUGAUUGUAUGUAGAGACUUCCUGCCCAUCAUCUAACCAGUGUUUGGGCUCUGUUUUCUACUCAACACAUGCACACAGACAUCAUACACUCAUCAAACACUGCUCAACUGCCUUGUACAUUGCAAUAUGACCUGGGUCUUUCUGUUGCAAUCCAAACUGAAGCCUUUAUAUUUCAGUCAGACUUUGAUGUAUGUGCAGAUGAACCAUUUUAUCUCACGUAUGUGUGAUUUAAUUACUGUGCAUCAUGGCAAUGCACAGCCAGUUGUAUAUUUUAUCUCCAGAGUAUUUGGGCGUGUAGAUAUGUUGUAAAGUUGUACUGUGAAUGUGUAAAUAAUAGUAUGUUUUUUUUUUGUUUCAUAUUUUUGUUGAUUUUUUUUAACACGGCACGUAUAGUUGAAAUAAAACAUUACUGCACAGAAA